GUGCGUGUUGAGGAAGAUUGAAUCGACUCGACGGUGACGCUGUCAAAUAUUGAACUUAAAACAUUGACUUGAAUCUAGAUCAAUCGGUCCCCUGACUCGGCCAGAGGACUUUCAAAUCGGACAAUUAUAAACUCAACUUUGACAGGGCCUGUACGUCACUCCCUUGACAACCUGCGACGCAAAACGACAAUUGUGUGGAAAAUGCGUUUGUUCUGAGUGCUAACAUUAUUAACAAAUAGGUGUUGAUUGUAUCUCAGACGCCGUAUUAUUUCAAUGGUAAAACAGCGUCUGUAAAAGCAAACACAAGGUAAGCAGUUUUCGAGUUGGAUCAGCCACAGUGAGCAUCACCCGUGACGUCAUCAAGCGAUUAAACACGCAGUGAAACGACGCUAAGUUUUUUUAUUAAUUCUGAUUGAUCUGGGAGGAAAUUAUCAAGAGAAUGUUAACUUCUUGAAAGUGCCAAGUUGACUUGAAGUUGAAGCGAUCAACAAUUAAAAUCUAGUCUAGGUCAUUUCAACGGUCUUGAACGUCGAACACAACACACCGCAACACCGCAUUCGUGACGUCACUUCCAUGAUAAACAGGCAGCCAAAUGAGUCGAAACGUUUGGUAGUACUGUACUUCCAUGAUCAGUAUUAUUUUUAAGAAAGAGACGGGUUUCAACCAGUUGAGCUCAGAAAACGAAGCAGCGUCGUGCGCAUGUGAGCGGCAAGACGGAAAGCUCGGUCAUCAACUCUUAAAAUGAGCCUUGACGCUCCCAUCCACAGCUGGCCCGGCUCCUACUACCUCACCUCGAACAAGAGGUGGGAGAAUGGCACGUUGUCCCUGAGUAGAAGCGCGGUGCGUUUCGUCUCGAACCAAACCAAGGAGACCCUCGCCAGUUUCCGCCUCUCCCGCAUCACGGAGAUUAAAAUGGAAUCGUCCAGCCUCAUCUUCAGCACCCUGACGGUGCUGGAGGAGGGCAACGUCAAGCACUGGUUUGGCUCCCUCAAGCCCAACCGGGUGGUGGUGUACAACGUGAUGGAGCAUUUCUGGAGAGAGCGCCUGCUCUCCCCCACCGGUUCCGAGGGCAGGAGUGGGGUCCCUGGCAGUGAGCCCUCCAAGGGCCGAGAGCUCAUCAACCUCGUCGCCGGGGCCCAGAGACGACUGGAGGACACCGGGAGGGUCCUCAGCUACCAGGGGGAGCAGUUUGACAGCAUGAUGCAAGGCCUGGAGAAGAUGGACUCGGACCUGGGAGUAGCAGAUAAACUUUUAUCAGAGCUGGAGUCUCCUUCCUGGUGGCCUUUCAGUAAACUUCCAUGGAAGAUUCAGCAGGAAGCCAAGGCGGAGGAUGUAGCUCGGGCUGCCGUCGCCGCAUCCAAAGAGUCUGGCCGGAGCAAAGUGAUUGCCAGCAUCCCGGCCGUGGUGUCCAAGGACGGCGACUGCGACCUGAAGCCUGGCUGCCUGCUAAUACUGCCGUCUUCACUGGAGGUGCGCGACGCCGCCUGCCGUCUGCUGCACCGUUUUGAACGCGGCGAGGUGGACGAGAUCAGAGUGCACAGCCCGUACGAGAUCACGGUGAGGCAGCGCUUCAUCGGCAGGCCUGACGUCCGCUGCCGGCUGCUGUCGGCCAAGAUGCCGGAGGCGCUAGCCGUGCUGGAGAUGCAGUACAAGAAGAAGGUGGAGUUCGCCGUAGAGUACGCCGCUUUCCGGGCCACGCCUGUUUCAUCACCUGGUGACGCACAAGCAGCCAUUUUGCAUGACGGUUUGCUACAUGGGUGCCAUGAGAUGGAGGUCCCCAUGGAGGUCCCGGCGGGGGAGCUGUCCCAGUUGCAGGUGCACGUCCUCCAGCCCGCCAUGAGCCAGGCCGAAGCACAGGAGCUCAAGCAGAUGCUGCUUCAACUGAAGAGCCUGGCCCUGGAGGCAGAGACAGAGCUGGAACGUCAGGAUGAAGCGCUCACCGUCCUGACCAACUCCGCCGAUCAAGCCUCCAUGACCAUCGGGAAGCACACUUGCCGCAUUAAGAAACUGCUCUAAAUGCCGAGUCAGGACGGAUGGAGCUUCAACGCUCAUGAGGUGCGUGCGGUAGGGCACUUCCAGAGACUUGAAAGAUUCCCAAGGACCUGUUAGCACUUUACAUUUGUUUCCUUUUACAAAUGGACCUCUGUAUUUAUUCAUUGGUGUUUUCUAUGAGCCUUUACAGCACAGGUGUCAAACUCAAAAGCCCGGGGCCCAGAUUCGGCAGGCCACAUCAUUUUAUGUCGCCCGCAAAGGCAAAUCAUAUUUGUGGAGUUCAUGUUUCUUGAUAAAAUAUCAAAAUUGCAAA